UCACAGAGAGUCUUCCUCGUCCUCUCUCCAUCCUUGCAUAACAUAUCGCCCUGUUCAUCGUAGAAAUCUUUCAGUGCCAGGAGAUGAGCGCUAGCGCUACUGCGAGCACAUCCAUAGCGGACCCUUCGCGGGAAGCUACCGCAUCCACCUCCUCCUCCUCCUCUACAACCGCUGCCGCUCCGAUCCAUCCUCUCCGGCGUCGCCUCUCGACGAUUGCCGCCUCGGAUCAUCUCUACCUCCGUCUACCCUCGGGGGCCAUCAAGUAUGUCAAACCGUGGGGUUCGCCUGCUGGGAGCAGCACGACUGGCACCGCAGCAGGGCAAGAGGAGCAGCAGCAGCAGGACGGGCCAGGGAAUGCAGAUGCCGAGGCUGAAGCUGAGAGCUCGACGGCUGGUGCUGGUUCUGCCACGACUACAACACCCGGGGGAGCUGGUAAAGGCAAGAGGGCAAGGAAGCCUGCCUCUCUCCGAACUACAAAGGUCGUUUCGCUAGGAAAAUUCGGCAACUUUGACCUGCAGGACUUGGAAGGAGUGCCCUUUGGGUGGACUUGGGAGAUCGGACCGCCCAAGGCUGCUCCUGCUGUCAAGGAGGAAGCUGGAGAGGUCAAGGAUGAGGAUACCGUGAUGGAAGCUGGAGACGAUGCAGCAGCUGUGGCAGCAGCGGCUGCUGUUGCCACUCGCAGCGGUACGGGAAAGAAGGGCGGAAAAGGCGGUGGGAGAGGCAAGAAAGGCGGUGCUAGCUCGGAUCUAUCUACUGCUCCUGGAGCUCUGCGAAUCAUGGUUGGCACGACACUUGCCGAGCUCGAGGAGACCGAUGCUACCAAUGAGGACAUCUUCGACGACCCUACUGUUGCCCCACGCCUCACAAUGGUCGACGUACAAGCCUUGCGUGAUUCGGGACUAGAAGGGCAGGAGCUCAUCGACGAAUUGACCAAAGCGUCUAGCUCCUUCGAGAAGCGCACAGUCUGGUCGCAGGACAAGUUCAUCAAGAAGAAGGAAGCGAAACAUCUCAAGCUUUUCACACCGCUCCCACCUUCAAUGGCCGUAAUGGCCGAGUAUCACUUUGAGCGAUCACCAGAAAAGGUACGCGGGCUCAGGGUUGACGCGCUAGCUCAGAUGCUCAGCUUUGCCGGAGUUGCACCGGGAGGACGCUAUCUCGUCGUAGACGGCACCUCAGGCCUGCUUACCGCCGCCUGUCUGGAUCGUAUGGGCGGGCAUGGUCGACUGCUGGCCAUUCACGACAAUGACUCUGUCCCUGAGUUCGACAUUGUACGCUCCAUCAACUUCCCUUCGCACGUAGUGGACGAUGUGCUUCGUACACUGCACUGGGCUCAGGUGGACGGAGAGUACCAGCAUCCUUAUAUCCCGCCUAUGCCGGAGAGGUUGGACGACGCAGUCAAGGAUAGUGGAGCUGAGGGACUCAAGGCGUUCAGAGCAAGGGAGAGGGAGAGACACAGGAUGGGCAAGAAGUAUGCCGCUAAGGCUGAGUUGGACGAAUUGAGGGAGGAGCUCUUCGAGGGUGACUUUGACGGUGUGCUCAUCGCCUGCGGCUACGAGCCCGUCUCAAUCAUCUCCUCUCUUCUACCCUAUCUGGCCGGUUCGGCCCAGAUCUGCGUGCACUCCCCCCUCUUACAACCACUCGUCGAAGCCCACGCCAUCCUCCGCGCCUCGCACGAAAUUGUCAAUCUCAGCCUUACGGAGCCGUGGCUCAGACGAUACCAAGUCCUUCCUGGACGGACGCACCCGGAGAUGAAUACUAGUGCGACGGGAGGAUAUAUUCUUCAUGGAAUUAGGGUCUUGACGGAUGAGAUGGCGAGGGAGGAGAUGAGGAAAGAGGAGGAGAGGAGGAAGAGUGAGAAGAUGAGAGAGGAGGAGGAGGAGGGGACGGGAGCGGAGGCGGUGGCGGUGGCGGUGGCGGAGGCAUUCGUCCCUGUUCCCGAUGUGAAAGGUUCGGUACAAGUCGCUGCACCACCGCAGGAGCAGGAGCAGGCAGAAGUCGAAGAGGAAGGCCGGGAGAGGAAAAGGGUCAAGACGACUGCGAAUUAGGAGAAAGAGUAACUGUCGAGUGCAGUUGAAUAGUCAAUACAGAGAGUCAUGCACCCUCGCCAUCGGGUCUUCUGAGACCUUC